ACUCUCUCUCUCUCUCUCUCUCUCUCUACGUCGACCGAGGUUGAUUCUCUCGCUUUCUAGGGAAACCUAGAGUAUAUGGAUCUGUAGAGUCGUGUAAAGCGUGCCGUUAUGGUAACCAGCGUGCUUAAAAAGCCAUAGAACCAUGGAGGCUUGAGCAAGUAGUUGCAGAGAAAUCCAUUGUUUAUACUUUUGCAGUUUAAGCUUUUGCAGUGAAAAUGCUUGACGUUUCUCGUGUUCAGAAGGAACUGGUGGAAAUCGAUCGUGACAAAAGGAUCUCAGGGGUGAGCAUUACGCUUCAUGGUGAUGAUAUCUCUCAUCUUUCUGGAACAAUUUCAGGCCCCAUUGAGACCCCUUAUGAAGGUGGAACAUUUCAGAUAGACAUUCAGCUUCCUGCGUCAUACCCUUUCGAACCUCCAAAGAUGCAAUUUCUGACCAAAGUUUGGCAUCCAAAUAUUAGUAGCCAAAAUGGAGCUAUCUGCUUGGACAUUUUGAAAGAUCAAUGGAGCCCGGCCUUGACAUUGAAAACAGCCUUGCUUUCCUUACAAGCAUUACUUUCAUCACCAGCACCUGAUGAUCCUCAAGAUGCUGUGGUAGCACAGCAGUACAAUCAAGACUACCCAACAUUUGUUAGUACUGCUCGCUAUUGGACGGAAACAUUUGCAAAGAGAUCAUCCCUUGGAAUUGAGGAAAAGGUUCAAAAGUUGGUGGAGAUGGGGUUCCCAGAGAGCCAGGUACGAACUGCAUUAGAAACCUGUGGAGGAGAUGAAAACUUGGCUCUGGAAAAGCUAUGCUGAAAUGGAAGGCUUCUAAAUGUAUAGUGGGAGGGACUUGGUUUUUGUCAGAAUGGUUUUGCUGCAUCUUCCAUCAUUUUCUUCACUCUCAUCAGUCCUUCAAUCUCCUUGAGAACCUGUGAAUUGUUACAUAAAGUUCCAUACAAACAUGAAAAAGUCCAUAUCACAAUUGAGUGGCAUAUGAUAAUAUAUUAUAAAUGUUGUUGGUUAUUUUUAGAGGAAAAAGUUUAUAUAA